GAAGUCUCAAUGCUGGAAAGCCGAAUCCUAAAGCCUUCAGAAAAACUCAGACUUUGCGGUUAUGAAUACUUUCUUACUACUGUUAAUCUAGUUUAGUUGGAAGGGGACAUGUUUAUCAAUGUUAUUGUUUAAACGGAGGCGAUAUAAAUGGGUAGGGCGAUCAAUAUUUAAGAAGAUGGUUGUGUGGUAACUAAAGUUAGUGGGAAAAGCUAAGUGGCUAACGGAGGCUUAAAAUAUAUCCUGACUAUUCGUUUAGCUAUACAUAUAAAACACUUUUUUUUACUAUAUACACCGGCAGCAUUAGCCAGUGAGCCUCAAAGUUUAAGUCGAUCAGCCUUUUGAUGAGCGAUGGCGGAGACCAUCCAGUCCUUCCAGUCCCAGCUUUCCGGGGUGAUGGAGACAGUGUUUAAGGCCGCCAUCUAUGAGAUCACCCGGCUGGUAGAGGAAAGCUUUAUUGAGGAAGUUCUGCGGUGCAGGGAGCAGGUGGAUUCCUUGGAGAAGAGGCUGAGGUCUGCAGAGUGCCGCCGAAAAGACAGGCAAGACAGCGGGAAGGAGAUAUGCGUGGACUGCGGGAGAGCGAGGCUAACCGGAGGGCUCCCAUCCACAGUGACAGACAAAAGCCUGAAACAGGAAUGUGUGUCACAAGAAGAACAGCAGGUUUACCAGGACACUGCUGGAGAAGGAUCCAGUGAAAACGGCGACGAGGAAACGCAAGUGACUGACAGGGGUGUCCAGAGUGAAGAUGUACAAGAGAAUACAUGUAACCGACAACUUAAAGAGGAAACGCCUCCGAGCGAACCACCACAGGACGACGAAUCACAUGGAUGGGGUGUCAGCAAAGAAGAAACAGAUGCACCAAAUCUACCAGGACCAAGUAAGCAUUUCAGUGAGCAGAGUAACGCAGCUUGCCAUGUAAACUGGGACCCAGAUUUUGACCAGAGACCACAGUUGAGCCAAGAGGGACAAUCAGAGAUCAUUUCUGGAUCUAAUUUCCAGAACAGGUUUGUCUUGAACGAGUUGGGUAGCUUUGGCAAAUCUGGAUAUGGAGAAAUGGGUAACUUUGAUGGGCUACAAGGUUCUCCAACCCAGCUUCCUGAUGACCUUAGUUAUGUGGAUCAUUAUAACAGGAAACUCCCUGAAGAAGCUGAGCAUCAAUGUUACACGGCUGGGUCUCCACCGAACACGGGGCCUGAGGAGAGUUCCCCUGUUAGGACAAACAAUGAUGUGAGUGGGGAGUUAAGCUGCCUGCUUAUAGAUGAAGAAGGAUAUCUUCAGGAACCAAACGUCCGAUACACAGAUCAGGUAUCCAGUGAUAUGGGGAGCAGAGUCAGUUUCCGAGGCCAGGGAAUUAAUUUCCCCACUGCUACAUAUGAACUCUCAUCUGCAUACAGUGAUACAGUCCAAUUAGAACAAAGGCUGCAGCAUCAAAAUGGAGAUAAUGAAGCAAGAAACAGCACCAUCAGCCAUUGUUUUACAUCCUUACCCAAUUCUGCUUCUUUUAAGCCCCACAAACAGUCCCAUAAAGGUACAGCGCAAGGGUCCCCCUAUGUCUGCAACCAGUGUGGAAAGACAUUCACUCAAGCCUGUAAUCUGAAAGUCCAUCAGAGGAUCCACCUGGAGCAGGGCCUCCAUCUCUGCAGCCACUGUGGAAAAGGAUUCCCUUCCAUCGCAAACUUAAAAGCACAUAAAUGUGGCCAAAACGGCAACAAACCUUAUUGCUGUGCUGUUUGUGGGAACAAGUUCAGCCGUCUGUGGAACCUGAAGCUGCACCAAAGGAUUCACACGCAGGAAAAACCUCACAGGUGCAGCAUGUGUGACAAAAGCUUCACCAGGGCGGAUAUUCUGAAGGUCCACCAGCGCACCCACACAGGGGAAAGACCCUACUGCUGCGCAGUCUGUGGGCUCAGCUUCAAACGCCUGGAUCACCUGAAGUCCCAUCAGCGCAAGCAUGUGACAGAUCUGUAGGACUAAAGAGUGUGUUAUUUAAUGGGGCUUUUUAUAACCUUUGUAUCAAGUGAACAUUGAUAGGAAUAAGUAUCUAACUUGAUUGAUUGCCUACAUUUGAUGCAGUUAUUUAAAAAAUGUAAAUAUUUUUGGUAUUAAGAAAACAAAGAUUUGAUCAAAUCUACGUGUUAUUAAAUUAUUGUCAUCUGCUUUAUUGCAUCUGCAUACUUUGUAGGUUUAAUUCACUGUAUUUGAUUAAAUGUGUUUGAUUUCUUCACAGGAUCUAAAUAAAAUUGGCUUUUAAUGUUA